CAGGCACAUUCCGAUUGCAUUCUAGUUCGCGGCUUCUCUGGAAGGCUAGAUCGUGCCAUUCGCUUCAAUUCUUCGUGUAACGGUGCUAGAAUUUGUAGAACAGAAGAACAUCAGAACACCGAGGAUUCGCCAUGGACAUGCAAUUGCAGCGCCCCAUUACGUCAGGCAGCCGGCAGGCCCCGGAUCCUUAUGACCAGUAUCUGGAGAGCCGUGGACUCUAUCGUAAGCACACGGCCCGGGACGCCUCCAGUUUGUUCCGUGUGAUCGCCGAGCAGAUGUACGACACCCAGAUGCUGCACUACGAGAUUCGGCUGGAGUGCGUCCGCUUCAUGACCCUAAAACGACGCAUCUUUGAGAAGGAAAUCCCUGGCGAUUUCGAUAGUUACAUGCAGGACAUGUCCAAGCCCAAGACCUAUGGAACCAUGACAGAAUUACGCGCCAUGUCCUGCCUAUAUCGCCGCAAUGUUAUCCUGUAUGAGCCCUUCAACAUGGGCACCAGCGUCAUUUUUAAUCGUCGCUAUGCGGAAAACUUCCGUGUCUUCUUCAACAAUGAGAAUCACUUCGAUUCGGUUUAUGACGUUGAAUAUAUAGAAAGGGCCGCCAUUUGUCAAUCAAUCGCCUUUAAGUUGCUGUACCAGAAGCUUUUCAAAUUGCCUGACGUAUCCUUUGCUGUGGAGAUCAUGUUGCAUCCACACACCUUCAAUUGGGAUCGCUUCAAUGUGGAAUUCGAUGACAAGGGCUAUAUGGUUCGCAUUCAUUGCACAGAUGGACGAGUUUUUAAGCUUGACCUGCCGAUGGACACCAACUGCAUACUGGAAAACUAUAAGCUGUGCAAUUUCCAUAGCACCAAUGGAAAUCAGAGCAUUAUUGCUCGAAAGGGAGGCCGGCUAGAGAUUAAAAACCAGGAGGAGCGAAAGGCAUCCGGAAGCAGUGGCCUCGAACUAACCGAUAUGUUGCCCAUGUGCCCAAACCGAUUGGAGUCCUGUGUCCGCCAGCUGCUCGAUGAUGGUAUCUCUCCAUUUCCCUACAAAGUGGCCAAGUCCAUGGACCCCAAUAUGUAUCGUAAUAUAGAAUUUGAUUGCUGGAACGAUAUGCGCAAGGAAGCCAAGCUUUACAAUGUCUACAUAAAUGACUAUAACUUUAAGGUGGGCGCCAAGUGCAAGGUGGAAUUGCCGCACGAAACGGAGAUGUACACGUGCCACGUUCAAAACAUCUCCAAAGACAAGAAAUACGGCCUCAUCUUUGUUGAGACGAUUGGCAAAAAGAUAGUGGUCCCGUAUGAAUCGCUCCAUCCCAUGCCGCCAGAGGAGUACCGCCCAUGGUCGUUGCCAUACCGCUAUCAUCGCCAGAUGCCUCGCAUGCCGUUGCCCAAGUUUGCCGGUAAGGCCAACAAGUCUGCCAAAUGGAAGAAGAACAAGCUGUUCGAAAUUGAGUAUUUUGAGUCCACCAAGUGUGAUUUGAUUCCGAUGCAAGGCUACAUGCCCGCGGAGAAUUGCUAUCAUCAGGAUGUGCACAUUCAGGACGAUGAGCAGCGGGAUCAUAGAGAUCCUGAACAGAAUGACCAGAACCCGGCUACGGAGCAGCGGGAUCGUGAAGAGCCGCAGGCACAGCAGCAACACCAGCGCACGAAGGCAUCAAGGGUUCAGCCGCAGAACUCGAGUUCCAGCCAAAACCAGGAAUGUUCGGGUUCGGCUGCCCCGCCACCACCCACUCAGUAUAUGAAUUACGUGCCCAUGAUACCGAGUCGUCCUGGGCAUUUACCGCCACCUUGGCCUGCAUCUCCGAUAGCUCUUGCCGAGGAGUUUCAGUUCCCCAUUUCUGGAACACCGCAUCCACCGCCAACCGAAGGUUGUGUUUACAUGCCAUUCGGUGGUUAUGCUCCACCACCACCGGGAGCUGUUGCUUUACCGGGACCGCAUCCAUUUAUGCCACUUCCUUCUCCACCGCUAAAUGUUCCCGGAGUUAACGAGCCACGUCGUUCUCUACACCUAAACGGUGACGAUUUGCCAGUGGAUAUAAUAACUUUGAGACACUUCUACAACAUGGGCGUUGAUUUGCAUUGGCGCAUGACGCAUCACACGCCGCCUGAUGAAAUGGCGGUGUUUGGAUACCAUCAGCAGAACAACACUGACCAACAGGCAGGAAAGACUGUAAUCACUGGCGCCACAGAUGACCAUUUGACUGCCGCCGAGUCAACACCACCACCUUCGCCAGAGGUGGCAAAUGCCACGGAGCAGAGUCCGCUUGAGAAAAAUGCCUAUGCCAAGCGCAAUUUGAAUCCGGUUAAGGUGCGCGGCAAACGUCCGGAGCAGCUGCAAGAUAUUAAGGAUUCGCUGGGGCCAGCGGCCUUUUUGCCCACUCCAACGCCCUCGCCUAGCUCGAAUGGCAGUCAGUUUAGUUUCUACACUACUCCAUCGCCGCAUCAUCAUCUGAUAACGCCGCCGAGGCUGCUCCAACCGCCGCCACCGCAGCCGAUAUUCUUCCACAAGGCGGGACCGCCACAGUUAGCGGGAGCAGCUCAAGGGCAGAAUCCCUACGCCUGGGGCAUGCCAGCUCCGGUCGUGUCCCCCUAUGAGGUGAUCAACAACUAUAACAUGGACCCGUUGGCUCAGCCACAACAACAACAGGCAGCCACCUUGCAACCAGUUCCCUCAUCUGCCCAAUCUCAGCCGGCAGCUGUCUAUGCUGCACCGCGUCAUCACUAAACAAAGAAAAAGGGAGCUGGGGAAAAAACAGAUCACUUGAAAGAGAGAGGCCAAACGGAUCGAAGGCAUUACAUUCCAUUGCAAUUAACGGCUUUUAAAAUUUAAUCUCACUUUUAAAUUUGUAGUUAACUUUUUAUAGGCCACCUGGUCGUUGGCGCUCUAGCAUUAACCAUUCAGCUUCUGUACAACAAUCGAUUGCAUAACUUAACGCAAAUGUCAACCCAACUUCAUUUUAAACAUGUAAUUUAACGUAAUUUUAUGCGAAUUUUUUUAAAGUAAGCCGUCACGAAAUCAAAGCACCACCUAUUUAUAUGAUAUAUUUAAAACCCUUCCAACCAAAAAUACCUACAUACUCUCUUAUAUAUAUAUAUAAUAUAAUAUUAUAUAUAUAUAUAUUUAUGUGCUCGCUGUUCGGCUAGAGACUCACCUAUGUAAAUUGAACCAUCAAAUUAACCAUAAAUAAAACAAGAUUCAACUGCA